AUGGACGCAACAGUGCAGCUCCAGAGCAGUGAUGAACAAAUUUUUGAAGUGGAGAUCAAAGUCGCGUUGAUGUCGGCUACCAUCAAAGUUAUGCUGGAAACUCUCGGCAUGGAGGGCGAAGUCAACGAUGAAGUGAUUCCUGUAACAAAUGUCAAGGGAACGAUCCUGGAAAAAGUUGUCGAGUGGUGCAAGAAACACGUCGACGAUGAAGAUAAACCAGAGUUAGAUGACAACCAUGAAAAAAGAUCGGAUGAUAUCCCCGAGUGGGACGUUGACUUCCUGAAAGUCGACCAGCAGACGCUCUUCGCCAUCAUCCGCGCCGCUAACUUCCUGGACAUCAAGGGGCUCAUGGACGUCACCUGCAAGACUGUCGCCAACAUGAUCAAGGGCAAAACGCCGGAGGAAAUCAGAAAAACCUUCAACAUCGUGCCGGUUCCCGCACCCGAAAAUCCUGAUGACAAGAUAGAACAAGCUUCCACUUCCAGAGAAUGUUCUGGAGAGAAAAAAUUCAAAGAAUAA